UGCCGCCUCCCGGCAGCCGGGAUCCGGGAGCCGGAGAGGGCCGGGCGCCAUCAUGCUGAGCCGGCUCGGGGCGCUGCUGCAGGAGGCCGUGGGCGCGGAAUUUCACUGUCAGAGGCUGGAAGAGGUACCGGUGGUCAAGGGAGAUACAUUUUAGGCAGCGGGAGCCCAGCAUUGACCUGCUGGAGGCAUUCGUGGAGCACUGGAAAGGCAUCACGCAGUACUACAUCGAAAGCACAGAUGAAGACACCCCAGCCAAGAAGACAGAUAUUCCCUGGAGGCUGAAACAGAUGCUGGACAUCCUGGUGUAUGAGGAGAGGCAGCAGGCAGCCGGCGAGGCCGGGCCCUGUCUUGAGUACCUGCUGCAGCACAAGAUCCUGGAGACCCUGUGCACCCUGGGCAAGGCUGAGUACCCCCCAGGCAUGCGGCAGCAGGUGUUCCAGUUCUUCAGCAAGGUGCUGGCCCAGGUGCAGCACCCUCUCCUGCAUUACCUCAGCGUCCACAGGCCCGUGCAGAAACUUCUCCGGCUUGGUGGGACAGUUCCUGGAUCCCUCACAGAAAAGGAGGAAGUGCAGUUCACCACCGUCCUCUGCUCUAAGAUCCAGCAGGAUCCCGCCCUGCUCACCUAUAUCCUGGAAGGUAAAAAGACUGUCGCUAGGAAGAAGGUAUCCAGAGAACCCCCUGCCCUGCCUGGAGAUAUGGCCAGCAUCGAAGACAAGGACCCCCCUCCCAGCACGACUUCCGACACCGUUCCCUGUGGGGCCGGGGUCUUGACCACCCAGCUGCCUGCGGACACUGAGGAGCCCGAUGGAGGGAUUGGGGAGAACAACCUGAUCACCUCCCUGAUUGGCUUGUGCAAGAGCAAGAAAGGUCGGGUGGCCCUGAAGGCCCAAGAGAACCUGCUGCUUCUGGUUAGUGUGGCUUCCCAGGCGGCUGCCACCUACCUGGUGCAGAGCAGCCCCUGUUGCCCAGCGAUCGUCGAGCACCUUUGCCAGCUGUACCAGUCCAUGCCCACCUUCCUGGACCCUGCAGACAUUGCUACUUUAGAGGGUAUUAGCUGGAGGUUACCCAGUGCCCCGUCCGAUGAGGCUUCCUUCCCUGGCAAGGAGGCCUUGGCUGCCUUUCUGGGCUGGUUUGAUUACUGUGACCAUAUCAUCAUGGAGGCACACACGGUGGUUGCAGAUGCCUUGGCAAAGGCUGUGGCUGAGAAGUUAUUCGUGGGGAUUCUGCAGCCCCAGCUCCUGCACGUGUCUGAGCAGAGCCUCCUGACCGCCACUGCCCUGCUCACAGCACUGCUGCGCCAGCUCCGCUCCCCUGCGCUGCUUCAAGAGGCCGUGACUUUCCUCCUAGGCAUGGAGCAGCAGCCUGCAGCCCUGGAGGACCCCUGCACUCUGUGCGUUCACCUCAUCAGGCAUUGCGACCACCUUUCUGAUGAGAUCAGCAUUGCCACGCUGCGGCUGUUUGAGGAGCUGCUCCAGAAACCCCACGAGCAGAUAGUCCGUAGCCUGAUUCUAUGCCACCUCGAGGGCCGCCUUUAUGUGGUCCGGGGUGCACCGGAGCCCGAGAGCUAUGAGGACACCCUAGACCUGGAGGAGGACCCCUACUUCACAGACGGCCUCGACGCUGGCUUUCAGCCCUCCAGCAAGCCCACCCCAGCCCCUGCCACCAACUUGGAUGGCAAAACGGCGGUCACUGAGAUCGUCAACAGCUUCCUCUGCCUGGUUCCUGAGGAAGCCAAGACAUCAGCCUUCCUGGAGGAGACUGGCUAUGACACGUACGUCCACGAUGCUUACGGACUGUUCCAGGAGUGCAGCUCUCGAGUUGCCCCCUGGGGCUGGCCCCAGGCUCUCACACCCCUGGACCCCCAUGAGCCAGAGCGGCCUUUCUUUGAGGGUCACUUCUUCCGAAUGCUGUUUGACCGCAUGUCCAGGAUUUUGGAACAGCCAUACAGCCUGAACCUGCAAGUGACCUCAGUCCUGUCCCGGCUCGCCCUCUUCCCCCACCCCCUUAUCCACGAGUACCUCCUGGACCCCUACAUCAACCUGGCCCCUGGCUGCAGGAGCCUGUUCUCUGUUCUCGUCCGGGUAAUUGGGGACUUGAUGCAGAGAAUUCAGAGGGUACCCCAGUUCCCAGGCAAACUGCUCCUGGUGCGCAAGCAGCUGAUGGGUCAGGUCCCUGGGGAGCAGCUGGACCACCAGACCCUCCUCCAGGGUGUGGUAGUACUGGAGGAAUUCUGCAAGGAGCUGGCUGCCAUUGCUUUCGUCCAGUUCCCCCCACAGGGUCCUCACCUGUGUCUCUCCCCGCCUCCGGAAGGGCAUGUCUGAGCCAGGAGCAUGACGGGAGGGGAGUCUCCUGUCCUCACCUCUUCCCAGGAGCUGCCUCUCACCUGGCACAGCCACCCCACUCUCUUCCCAGGGCGAGAACUUGGCUCCAUCUCCUCUGUAUCCAGGCACCUCUGCUCCUGGAGGCCUGGGCUUUAGCUCCCAGGUUACCGCAAAGAGACCUUGCCUUGAUGGCUGCACCAGGUUGGGCUUCCGGAAGUGGGUCUCCAAGGUACCGGAAGUCAAUGAGCCAAAGAGGGGCUCUCCCAGACAGCAUGGUAUCCUUGGGACCUUCUUGGGGGAGAUGGGUAAUAGCCAGGUGAGCACCCGAACCCAGACUCUCCUGUGUUCUAUGUCUGUCACCUGCCUCUACGGGCCAUUUGUGGCCUGGGCCAAGACCUGUGACUCAAUUACGGGGCACUAAGGGUAGUGAGCUGCUGGCUCCAAGGCUGGUCAGGACCAUAGGUCAGAAAGAUGAGGGCAUGGGAGCCCUCCUUCUAUCACACCAGGUCCCACAGAUGCUGCUGAGACAUUUUUUUCUCCUGCCUUCUUAACCCUUGGGGAAGGGACAGUGGAUGGUAGGGAUAGCCCUCUCUUCCUGCCUGGCCCUCCUGGACACUGUUGCAAAAUCCCCAGCCGCCUCAUGGCGAAUGGCCAAAGCAUGCUCCGCGCCCAGGCGGGGGCAGCUGCUAAUGAGAACCUUGAUGCAACUGCACCAGGGCGGGAGAGGGCCUGGGGAGCUGGGGCUGGGUGCCAGGCUCCAACUCCAGCUGGUUUCUCUCUGGCGCCUCUGAACCCGUCUCAGCAGGUCCACAACACCUGGGCAGAGGGGCUGAGAGACCGGGGGAGGCCAGGCCCAGCCUCCAGUGUUCUCGAUGGAAUGCUUUUCCAGGGGAGCAAGAGAGCUCAGGGUACAGAUGCCCAGCUGACUGCAGGCCCCCAAGGUCUGGCAGGGAGGGGGUGGGGUACAGGCAGAGAGUCCUGGUUAUCUUCUCCCUGCACGGUCUCCAUGGCUGGGGCUGCCACCCCACCCGGCCAGAAUCUGUCUCGGCCUGUAGGAACACACCGGCGGCGCCAGGCAUUACCUCACAGCAGGACUGCAGUUGCUGGCUUUGCUCCUGGGCAAGGAGGAGCAGGCCAGAGCCCCUUUCGCUUCCUUUUCCUGCCCAUGCCACUUCUAGAAGCCAGCCACAGGUUGCCAAGAGGUGACGUGAAAGAGGAGGAAACUCAGUGACCUCUCUCUCUCCCGCAUUCCUCCAAGCUGGGAGGACUGAACUGCCUUUCUGAAGGGCACUGUGCAUGUGCGUGCGUGUAUGCACACAUGGGUGUCGACGUGGGACGGGGGAGCAGAGCUCAGGGGGCAAACUGGGUCCGGACUCUUCAAUUCCGAAAACAUUCAAGCAUCCAGGAGUCCCAGACACUCCCUUCCUCGAUGCACUUUGGCAUUCUCUCAGUGUCCCCCCCAGACACCGCGGCAAUAAAUGGUGUGGUUGCGUGGA